AUGGCCGCCUUGCCCAACAUCUCGGACUUUGACCUCCUACCAACGCCCGUCGAUGGUCAAGAUUCAACCACCUUCCCAGCCCUCGACUUCAAGGAGUACAUCCCAAUCAGCCUCCCCGAGCAGCAACUCGACCUCUCCUCGAUUUUAGCGCCCGAGUCAUCCGAGACGGUCGGCACGCGGUGGUUGCAGCUGUUGAUGCUGCUCACCCUCAGUGUGGCCAUCAUGCUGAUGACGUGCUGCUGUGUGUUCACCCAAUGCCUCUACUACAGCUAUGUCGGCGAACGGGUA